CAGGCAGGUCAUUUGAAGCACUUGUCAUAGUCUGCUUUAUUUGAAUUGUCUGGAGGAAUCCCUCUUGGUGGGCUGGCUAGAGCAAAGUCACCCCGCGGAAUUUUUUGGUGGUGGGGGGUGGUUGCACCCUUUGUAAAGUAAAGUAUUUAAAUUUAAAAGAAUCGGGCAGCUCCAUGGUCACCCUUAAUUUUCAGUUUCCACAGUGAUUGAGGGGGAGUGCUGCAGUGGUGUGAACUGCUUGCCCUGCACCCAGAUUUGCAAAUCAUUUGCAACUCCAUUGAGGUUGUUUUAUUGUAAUUCAUUUUCUGCUCCGGGAAGAAGAGCAGAGGCUGCUAUAGGGGUAAGGGGGAGAAGGGGGCUGGACAAAAGGCGUAGACUAAAACCUAUCAAAUCUGAUUUGGUGAGGCUUGUCUAGGCGGCUGACUGAGUAUCUUAAGGCACACUCCCCUCCCCACAGGGAGAAGAUGCUCUUCUGCAACAGUGAGCACAGAAAAUGAGAAAAGUUUCCUUAUGAUAAAAAACAAAAGGUGCCACGCACUAUUAAAAAAAAAAAAAUCCAAAUCCAGUCACUGCCUAAUCGGCUAGAUCCACAACAAGUCACCUGAUGGUCCUCCCUGCGGACUUCAGACAGGGGGAGGCGAGGCAGCAUGGGAUCGUAUUGCGAGGAGCUACACUCUCUUUAGCUUUUAUGAGCUCCCAUGAUGUGCAGAGUGCCUAGAACUACAGCCUGAACAAACCCCCUCAACUUUUGUUGUUCUGUUUCAUCUGCGGCUUUCUGAUAGCUUUCAUCAGGGGGAGAAAUGGUAUUCAUCAGCACUAAACUGAAGUCUGUGAUUAAAUAUUUGAAAAAGAAAGCUGUGUCUAAUCUUGAAGAAGAAAGCAAAUGGACAGUACAUUACACGGCACCCUGGCAUCAGCAGGAGAAUGUCUUUCUGCCAACAAACAGGCCUGCCUGUGUCGAAGACUUGCAUCGGCAGGCCAAAGUCAACCUGAAAACUGUACUGCGAGAAUGUGACAAGCUAAGGAAGGAUGGAUUCCGCAGCUCCCAGUACUACUCCCAGGCUCCCACUUUCUCCUCUUCAAACCUCUCUGACAGCAGCCUCUCGGAACAGAAUGAUCUGGACAAGAAGUCCACAGUUUCUGCUCCAGAUGAAGAGAAGCUGGUUUAUUCAAUGAGACCUAAAACCCCACUGAUCGGGGAUGUUUCUGAGAUUGACAUCCAGACCAACUGGACCAAGUCCUUGCCUUUGCCCACUCCAGAAGAGAAGAUGCGUCAGCAGGCCCAGGCAGUGCAGGCUGAUGUUAUUCCCAUCAAUGUAACAGGAGAGACUUUUGACCGCCAGGCCAGCAUUCGGCGGUCACUAGUUAACACUGACACUGUCGUCAGACGGCCGAAGAAAGUCAAAAGGAGAAAGACAAUUACAGGGGUUCCUGACAACAUCCAGAAGGAACUAGCUGGAGUGGGACAGAAUGAGGUGCGAGGUCAUUCAGUGUGUCUCCCUGGGCAGUACUCGACUCUUGGCAGGAUGGGCAGUGCUUCCGCAGCUUUGAGGAGAACGGAGAUGCGGGAUUCAAGCUGCCAGACUGAAGAUAUCAAAAUUGUGCCACCUUCUGUCAGAAGAAUCCGAGCACAAAAGGGGCAGGGAAUUGCUGCGCAGAUGGCCCAGCUGUCCACUUCUUCCCAGACUGUAUCUUCGGCGUGUGAUACUGUAGGUGUCAUCUUUAGCUCUCAUGUUAAUGGAGAUGUACGUUUCCAUAGCCUGCCGAGGACUGGUGCUAGGGUGUCACUGCAGGCAAUUGAGCAGCCUUAUAGUGCCAUGUACAGAUCAGAUGGUUUGUCUCCAAGCACUUUGCCACGCCAGAUAAGCAAACUUCAAGUAGAUGAAAGUGUCGUUCAUCUCAGGAACACACCCAAAACUGGCACGUUACCCAGACCCAAGUCCCAGGAAGUGAAGAAUAGCCAGAGUGAAGGAGUGACAGGCCCAGCCUGUGUGGUCUCUCCACGUGCAACAUACUCAACAUCUGUCAUACCCAACGCCACACUCCCAUCAUCUGUUGAGGUAAUCACUAUCCAUACUUCACAAAAUACUGGACCCUCAUGUACCCUUGCAAACUCCACUACACAUGCAGCUACAAGAUCCCUUUGCAGUCCUAGCCUAAGUGUCAGCGAGAGCCAGUCAUCUUUUACACCUUCAAUAAUGUCCACCCACAGUAAUUCUCCUCAUUCCAUUGGUGCCAGUAGCAGCACAACUGUGGGUUCACAAUGCAGUACCAUGGAGAGAAGAAAUGGGUGCAGCAGCACCAAGGAUGCCAGAACUGAUUGUAGCUACUCAGAAAACAGCCUUCAAAGUGAAAACCCCAUCCCUGCAGACCAGUGGAUAUAUGACAUACCUGAGAACGUCAUGGCUCAGAAUCCUGCAACAGCAAGCACCUCCACACCCAUGAAUCGCAUUUAUAACAGCCUGGACAGGAAUUCCAAUAAGGCGGACUCCAGCUCAUUAUAUUCUGUUGACAUAGAUGGAUACUACACAUCAAUGCAUCUGGACUCAGGAAUUCAUACUAGAAGCCAAUCUGGAUUAAAUGGGAUCGGGAUCACCGCACAAACUAUGUAUGAAAAUAGAGAGCAUCAUUGUCAGGAUAGUGGUUCAAGCCUUUACAGCGACAGGUCUCUGACACGCAGUAUCUCCUUGAAAAAGACCAAGAGACCUCCUCUCCCUCCCACCAGAACAGACUCUUUGAGGCGCAGACCAGCCAAGAAGUCGCACUCAAAUGACACCAUCCUGAACGAAACACUGAUUGCUUCUUUGCAGAAUUCAUUACAUCUUGGCUUAAAAUGCAAGAACAGUUCUUCCCCAUCUCAGAGCCCAUGUAGUGACUAUGAUGACCCUUGGAUUUUACGGUCUCGCAGCCAAAGCACGGUCAGUGCCACCAGCAGCGUGUCUGCUACUGGGCCCAAUGUCUACUCUAUCUGCCCAGUGACCCCUUCUCAGAGUGAUACCAGCAGCAUACGAUCAGAGUAUGCAGAAGCCUGGGGGUAUUACGUGGACCUCUCUGGAGCCCAGGGUCAUCCUGUAGCAUCGGUUUCAAACAGAGGUCCUGAACCUGUUGGCUGUGGGAACAUCUCAAAUUACAAUAAUCUGCCCAGUGAACCCAGAUCAACAGAACCACAGUCAUCUGUCAAGCCUAAAAUGGCCCCUUCUCCAGAAAAAAUUCACAGAGUGACAUCACCCUCAAGUGGUUACUCAAGCCAGUCCAAUACUCCAACGGCUGGCACACCAGUGCCUGUAUUCUUAAGGUCCAUGUCACCAGGUGGAAAGCCUAAACCAAAAGUGCCUGAACGAAAGUCAUCAUUGUUGUCCUCUCUGUCCGUUUCAUCCUCGUCAACAUCUUUAUCAUCGAACACCUCUGACACAACAAAAAAUCAAGUCAGCCAGGUGAAUAAUCCACCUCCAUUUACUCAUUUGCCUAAAUCAUUUGUGUGUGCAGAUGACUCUACUAUGGGAAGUUCAUCAGUAGCAUCUCCUCUUCCACCUGGUCCAUCUACUCCUUCCUUACUGACUGCUGAAAACCAGCCGGCUUUUACAUUCAAACUUGGUGUAGUUCUGCCAACACCGGACCAACCAGAGCCUGAACCUCCUUCACCCCCUCCUGCAUCUCCUAGUUUCCCUCCUCCACCCCCCGAGGUUCUUCUAGAUGGCUGUUUUUCAAGUGAAGUAGCUAGCAGCCCCCCACCACCGCCUCCACCACCAUUACCUCCUCCACCAUUGUCAGCUUCAAUUUCUCCUUUCCCAGAGUUGCCUCGUGCUCCUCCGCUUUUGAGCCCAGAAGUGCUGAAAGUGGCAACUAAGCCAUCCAUCAGUAAGAACAGUCCGCUCAAUGCACCUAAAUGGCCAUCAUCCCCUACAGUGGAUGUUGGCAAACCUGCCAUGCCCCUUAUCACCCCCAGGACUCUUCAGAUGGUACAACUAAGAUCUGUUAGAAAAUUGGAAGUAUUAGAGAAUGAGCCAAAAUUUCAGAAAGAAAAUGAACACACUGAGCUUCAAAAGCCUUUAUCACCAGAGAAGCCUAAAAUUUUGGAGCGUCCGUCCUCACUGAAGACAUCUUCACGAUUUCAGAAUAAUGUUAGCAAGCCCACGAAUGUUGAUAAUCUUCAGCCCACCCUACCUAUUGAGACUAAGGCCUUUAACUUCAGAUUUGAGGAAUCUGGUAAUAAAAGGCAUCCAGCACUUUUUCCCAAACCAGGAAACAUCUUGGGUUCUCCCUCUGAGAAAGAGCAUCAGAGCUGCACAAAUGCCAGGAUGCUACUGGAGAGUGAGGUUUCUUCAGCAGAAAGUGACACUGGUGCUUUUUCGAAAAAAGCACCCUUGGUUCAUACAAAGAGACCCAAACUUUCUCUUAUUGUUUUACCAGUAGCAGAAGAAAAGACUGACCCAAAUUGCACUGAUAUCCUGAAGAUGGCUGACCCUCUAGAUGGUGGUUUUCCUUCCCUUGAAAAUGGCAAAGAAGGAAUCGGCCUUCUUAAUAGCCCAAAGUUUGCAGAAGAGACUGAUUCAGAAAGCUCCACUCCCACUUCUAAAAUGUAUGAUUCCCUCGAGACAGUAGAAAUUGAGACACCCACGGGAAGCUCUUGGAUAUUUCAGGACUCUUGGACUGUACCGAUGCCUUCAGGUGACAAAAGUAAUUCAGAUGAAAAUGGUGACGACUAUGCUGCAAGCUCCACGAGCACCAAAGAAGAGGAAAGUGGUGAGGUGUUUGAAACAGAAAUAAUAUCAGCUUCACCAGUUUCAAGUCCUUUAGGAGAAGGAUGUGAAGAUAUAUUAACGCCAACACGACCAAGAACAACAGAAGAUCUCUUUGCAGCUAUACACAGAUCCAAAAGGAAGGUGUUGGGUCGUAAAGAUUCGGAAGAAGACCGUACUUGGAAUCCCUCGUCCUCUCCUCCCGUCACGCCAACAGGUGGAACACCCAGUCCGAUUUCCCAGUGCAGGCAGAUGGGUUCCAUUCAGCGUAACAUGCGCAAAACUACCACUAGCAGUGAUAACUUCAAAGCUCUCCUCCUGAAAAAAGGUAGCCGCACAGAGACCAGUUUCCGUAUGUCUGCCACUGAGAUGCUUAAAAACACAGACCCAAGGUUCCAGCGGACAAGGUCGGAGUCUUCGCUUGAUGGUCCUGAUAGCCCCACCUUUGGAGACUGCAGCUCUCCUGGAAGGAACAAACGCAUUCAGGAAGAAUGGGCUAAAAGUGAAGGUAUUCUGCCUCGGACAGGCUCCUUCACAGGCACAAAGUAUGGCCGAUCCCGCACCCCACCCUCUGCCGCCAGCAGUAAAUACAAUUCCCGAAACCGCAUUCUCAGCAGCCCUAUGACGGUAAUCCGGGAAGGUGAGGGAGAACAAGCAGAGACUCAAGACUCGCCUUCCACUUGCUGCUCACAAAAUGAGAACAGGACUCGGGUGAGCAAGUUGGAUAGCAGGGAGGUAACCUCGCGCCAAAAGGCAGUGACGAAAACCCCUGAGCUGAACUGUCUGACGGGCUCCACAGAGAAAUCUGUGCCAGAGUACGCCUCAGAAAGUUGUAAUGGCACUUUAGUGAAAGGCGAGAGCAGUUGAGAGAUAAUCAGAAGCAACAAUUUCACUUUCCGGAAUUCUCGGAUGCUUCAUAUGAGGAUCUGUUGGAUUAUGGCAGUAGAAGAAUCCUGACUGAAAUGCUCACAGAGCUAGGAGUCAUAUUGGUGCUGUCCGCAGCAAAAAAAACAAAGCAAUAGUGGAAUAAAUAGUUAAGAGAGGAAAAAUAACCUGAAGGUACCAGUUGUGUUCCCAGUUCCAAGUUUUAGGUUUCCUUUAUUUUCUUGGUUGGUUUGUUUGAGAAUAUUUUGAAAUACACUUUACAUCCAAUCCAGUCUUCUAGUACACUGGAGGAGAUGGGUGAGCUGUAGGUUGGAAGCUCGAUUUUAAUGGUAAGUCAGGGAUGGACUGAAUGCGUUUCCAAGCAUGGAGGGUUAAACUUUGUUUCAGGAGACUUUAUACCGACUGGUGGGAGCAGAGGGAUCUGAACGUUUAAUAGAGAUGGAGGAUUUGUUAACUUCCAGGUGUGGUUAUCGUUAGAGGAGUAGAACUGGGAAAAGCAACACCAGCCUUAAAUGGAAUAAUAUGAGUCCAGGAGGAGAGCCGUUGGUUGGUGUGGUUUGUUUUUUUAAUAUCAAUUUUUACUUUUUGAAAGUGUCCUGUGGAGACGACGUUACUCCUUCAUUCGCAGAAUAUUCAAAAAAAGAAAAAGAAUCCCACUUUUGUGAAAACCCUUCCAUACUGAAUCCUAAAGGUUUCCCUGCCAAAGUGAAACACAUUGUAGGUUUUGAAAACCUUUAUAGCUGUAUAUUUUAGAUUUGCACUACGGAAACGUUUCUUUUACCACUUGAGAGUUUUUGGUAGCGUUAGUGAGUGUG